AUGACCAUCAAGACGGGGUUUGUAAAAGUUGUCAAAAAUAAGGCCUACUUCCAGAGAUUCCAAGUGAAAUUCAGAAGACGACAAGAGGGUAAAACUGAUUACAAUGCCCAGAAAUGCUUGGUAAUCCAGGAUGAAAAUAAGUACGACACACCCAGAUACAGGGUGAUAGUUCGUGCAGCCAACAGAGAUGUCAUUUGUCAGACUGCGUAUGACCGUGUGGAAGGAGAUACGGUAGUCUGUGCAGCUUAUGCUCACGAACUCCCGAAGCACAGUGUGACGGUCAGCCUGACAAGUUACGCUGCAGCACACUGUACUGGCCUGCUGCUGGCCCAGCUUCUCAACGGGUUUGGCACGGACAGGAUCUGUGAAGGCCAAGUGCAGGUGACUAGAGAUGAACACAAUGUGGAAAGCACUGAUGGUCAACCUGGUGCCUUCACCUGCUAUUUGGAGGCAGGGCUUGCCAGAACUACUACUGGAAAUAAAGUGUUUGGGCCCCUGAAGGGAGCUGUGGGUGGAGGCUUGUCUAUCCCUGACAGUACCAAACGAUUCCCUGGUUAUGAUCCAGAAAGCAAGGAACUCAAUGCGGAAAGGCAUCGGAGGCACAUCAUGGGUCAGCAUGCGGCAGAUUAUAUGCACUACCUGAUGGAGGAAGAUGAAGAAGCUUAUAAGAAACAGUUCUCUCAAUACAUAAAGAACAAUGUAACUCCAGACAUGAUGGAGGAUAUGUAUAAGAAAGCUUAUGCUGCUGUACGAGAGAACCCAGUCUAUAAAAAGCAGGCUAAGAAAGAAAUUAAAGAGAAGAGAUGGAGUCAUCCCAAAGCGUCUCUUGCCCAGAAGAAAGAUCAGGUAGCUCCGAAGAAAGCAAGCUUCCUCAGAGCUCAGGAACGGGCUGCUGAGAGCUAA